AGUCGUGCAAUGCAGAUUUUGACCUCCACCGCCACGACGCCACCAACAAGCUAAAGCGAAGAGUAAACCAUACUACUCUGCACCCUCCAUUUCUCCUCUCCCAAGAGCACAUCUCCUCGCUCUGAUUUCAUCAUGAAAUCGCAGAAGAACAACCUGCCUCUUCCCAAGCGAUCGGCUGCCAUCGCUGCGCCGAUCGCUCUCCUCCUAGUGGUCGGGCUCAUCUCGCUCUAUGACUUCACCUUCGCUGAUCGCUACCCGAACAUUGACGCCGCCUCGUCAUCGUCGUCGUCGUCGUCGUCGCCGUCUCCGGCCACCGUGAGUAAGUGCAACCUUACGCGGGGCGAGUGGGUGCCGGACGGCGAGGCGCCGUACUACACGAACCUGACGUGCCCGUUCAUCGACGACCACCAGAACUGCAUGAAGUUCGGCAAGCCGAGCCUCGAGUACGUGAGCUGGAGGUGGAAGCCGGACGGGUGCGAGCUCCCCCGCUUCGACGCCGCGAGGUUCUUGGAGGCCAUGAGGGGCAAAUCCAUGGCGUUCGUCGGCGACUCGCUCGCCAGGAACCACUUCAAGUCUUUGCUGUGCCUCUUGUCCAAGGUGGCGCAGCCGGUGGAGCUCGUCGGCGCGGCUCCGGAGAUCGACGUGACGGGGAGGGCGGUCCGGCGAGACUUCCGGUACGACAGCCAUGGCUUCACGGCUUCGCUCUUCUGGUCGCCCUUCCUGGUCAAGGCCAACCUAGCGAACGCGACGCUCGGCUUGUGGGACCUCCACCUCGACACGGCGGACGCCCGGUGGGCGGCGCACGUCGCCGAGUUCGACUACGUCGUCCUCUCGGACACCAACUGGUUCCUCCGCCCGUCGGUGUACUACGAGGGCGGGCGCGCCGUCGGCCGCAACGGCGCCGCCCCCGUCACCAACGCGACCGAGAUCGCCGUGCCCCGCGCCGUGCGCGCCGCGUUCAGCACGGCGCUCGGCGCGCUCGCCGCGGCGCCGGGGACAUUCCGAGGCAAGGCGAUCCUCCGGUCGGUCACCCCCGCGCACUUCGAGAACGGCGAGUGGAACACCGGCGGCGACUGCGUCCGCACCCGCCCGUUCCGGCGCGACGAGCGCGCCCUGGGCGCCGUCGAGGCCGAGUACCUCGCCGUGCAGGUCGACGCGGUCAGGGAGGCGGAGGCGGCGGUGAGGAGGAACGGCGGCGAGCUGCGGCUGCUGGACAUCACCGAGGCGAUGGACCUGCGGCCGGACGGGCACCCGAGCCGGUACGGGCACCCGCCGGGCGGCAGCGUGGAGGGCAGCUUCGUUGUGGAUUGCCUGCAUUGGUGCUUGCCGGGGCCGAUUGACCUGUGGAGCGAGCUGCUGUUCCACAUGCUGGUUGAUCAAUAGUACUAGUAUAUACUCGUUCAAGUAGAUCAUGAGUUCAAUUGCUCUACCAAAAUUUCAAAGUGCUGCUUGUGGAAUGCAAUUGGUGCAUUAUACCUGGAAGAUCAUUUAUGUGAAAUCUGGAAAACUGUACUGUUCUGUAAAUUGAGAAAGGCUAAUAGAUUGAUUUUUUUUAGAUGAUAGAUAGAAACAAGACUUUGUUUCAAUAGAAGCUACAACCCCUUGUUACAUCGUCCCUGACAUAAAGCCAAAUAUGAUACUACCUUCGUCCCAUUUAAGUGUUAAGUGUAGUUGUGGGUUUCCGUGUCCAAUAUUUGGCUCUCCGUCUUAUUUAAAAAUUGUAUGAAAAAAUUAAAAAAAAAUAAGUAACACAUAAAGUACUUUUUAUGUUUUAUCAU